GGUUUGCUCGUUAGACAUAUCAUUUUAGGGUUUCGUCGAUGCUGCAUAUUUUAAAAGAGCAUUGUCAUUUUGUUUGUGUCAAUUCUCCCUGCCCGGAAUGUUCCAUUGUUUAAUUUCACCCGAGUUGUUUUGUAGGGUGUGCGGUUUUUGCUGUAUAGAGUGUUGUUUUGGGCUAUAAUUCUUUUAUUUUUGUAUUUCAUUUUGCAGAAAAAAACAUCAUGUCAGUGGCAUUUGCAGCUCACAGGCAGCGGGGUAAGGGCGACAUCACACCCGCAGCUAUUCAGAAGUUGCUUGAUGAAAACAAUCAUCUUAUCCAGUGUAUAAUGGACUUCCAGAGCAAAGGAAAAACUGCAGAGUGCUCACAGUAUCAGCAGAUGUUGCACAGAAAUUUAGUUUACCUGGCUACAAUAGCAGACUCCAAUCAGAAUAUGCAGUCCCUGCUGCCUGCUAAAUCUGACUCACCCACCACAGAGAUAAAGCAUGAACCUCCUUCACAGAACAUGGCUAUGGGUCCAGGGGGCAUGAAUCAAAGCGGCCCACCCCAGUCCCCGCACGGUCACAGCAUGCCACCAGAAGGAAUGGUUAGUGGAGGACCCCCUGCCUCUCACAUGCAGAACCAGAUGAACGGGCAGAUGCCUGGACCCAAUCACAUGCCCAUGCAAGGACCUGGACCAAACCAGCCUAACAUGCCAAACAGCUCCAUGAACAUGCCACCUAACAGCCAUGGAUCAAUGGGAGGCUACAACCAUUCCGUCCCAUCCUCACAGAGCAUGCCUGUACAGAACCAGAUUAAUAUGAAUCAAGGACAGCCUAUGGGUAACUACGGCCCUCGACCAAACGUGAACAUGCAGCCAAACCAAGGUCCUAUGAUGCACCAACAGCCACCAUCGCAACAGUACAGCAUUCCUCAAGGAGGCGGGCAGCAUUACCAGGGCCAACAGAACCCUAUGGCAAUGAUGGCCCAGGUCAGCCAAGGCAACCAUGUAAUUGGACAGAGACCAAUGCCUCCAUACAGACCGCCACAGCAAGGUCCUCCUCAGCAAUACGCUGGCCAGGAGGAUUAUUAUGGGGAGCAGUACAGUCAUGGCGCACAAGGCCCUCCAGAAGGUCAUACUGAUUAUGGUUAUCGGCAACCAUUGUAUCCUGAACAAGGCUACGAAAGAGGUAAUUCACAGUAUACCCAACAGCAAGAAGCCUAUCAGCAAGGACCCCCACAGCAGCAAGGCUAUCCACCUCAGCAGCAACAGCAGCAGCAGCAGUAUCCAGGCCAGCAAGCUUACCCAGGGCAGCAGCAAGGCUAUGGUCCAUCCCAGGGCACCCCAGGACAGUAUCCCAGCUACUCCCAAGGGCAGGGCCAGCAGUAUGGGGGUUACAGACCUCCUCAGCCUGGACAGCCACAGCAGCAGAGGCCUUAUGGAUAUGAUCAGGGGCAAUAUGGGAAUUACCAGCAGUGAGGUACAAUAGUUACAUUCCAUGAGCCAGGGUCUCCUAGCAGCCGCGUUCUGCCCUCAGGACUGGAAUAAUUCCAGUAAUGAGAAUCGCUCAUUCACCCCUUUUUGUUUUGAAUCUGCAUAAUGGCUGCUGCAUGUUCUGCAGUAGUCUUUGUACUAAGUAGUAUAAGAUCAGGUUUUUGCAACUAUCAAGCUGUCUGUUUUCAACACUCUGACUACAAUUUGUGGUGCUGAACAAAAACUAAAAAAGAUACACAAGAAAUGUAUGCUAAAGUGGAAUGAAGGUCAAUGCUUUGUAAAGUGAAAUUAAUGGUCAGUCUGCUGACAUAGUAAAUCAGUCAAUGUGUUUACCCAAGGCAAGUCAUGGUAAUCCAUUGAAAUAGUUUUUUUUCCAUGUGUAUAUGUAUCUAUAAUUGAACUAAAGUGAACCCCACUAAAGAAUGGGGAUGUAGUGACAUGUAUAGAAUCAAACACAUUAGUCUCACAGUAGUGAUGCCUUAAGUGUAGUACAAGAGAUAUUUUGUUUUAAUUGACCAAUACUUUUUUUUUUUUUUUUUUAGCCCAAAGACAAACUGCCUUAUUUCUUAUUUCAGAUUCUGUGAAACAUUUGCAUGAAUAAACAAACUUUUGAAAGAAAAAAAAAAAAUACCACCAGGUUUUUUGGUUAUUUGCAGCCCUUCAAGUGAAAUGUCUUAUAAAGCAAUAAUGAUGUGGGGAAUAACAUUAAGUUUAUCUUGCUUUAAGAAGCUAAACUAAAUUUUGAAAGGGUUUAGCAAGGUCAAAAUGUUAACUAAUGUUUAAAUGUAUUUUAAGCUUUUAGAUAGAAAAUGAAUUUGUAUAGUACUGAAUAUUAGUUUAGAAUGUUUGUUUUGCUUUUGUUUUGUCAAUAUUGAUUUCUACCUGAUAUUUGUACCUUAGAGACAGUUUCUCUAUUUUUGGAAAGACAAUAUUAGGCUGGAAUGUACAUUUUCAGUUUUGGGGUUUUUGUAUUUAAAAGAUAAACAAAACACCUGUUUUAUAAUAAUCCGUUUCUGUGUCCUGUGCGAUAGUGUGAAACUGAAAAGAUAAACCUUUUUUUUUAUUAAUAUAUAGAUAACCUGAUAUUUUAUGUAAAGGUGUAUUUAGCGCUGGUAAAAAUCCUAGUUAUUGACAAUACUGCUUAAUUGUCAAGUCUCGUCCACAAACUGCAUGCUGCCAACUGGUCUUUGAGCACACAGUUUCCUACAGGGAAUCUUAAAUUAAAAUGCAUUUCUUGAACAUAGUGCUGCAUCUGUCAAAUCCCUCUGUCUCAAAGGGACAAGACUUGAUGUGAGAAAGUUUUUAGUUACUGUACAGUAGCUUAAUGGAUAGAAGCAACAUUAAUGCCCAGCUCUGUCUUCCCGCCUUGGGACUACCUAGUGUUAUAUUGUAUGAAGGGGGAACUGCAGAACAUUGUCAAAGAAAGGUAAAGGAGACUAUUUUAGGUUUGGUUUUGUAAAAAAAAUCCAAUAAUAAAGCACAGAGGAUAUCUGUGGCCUGAGGCACCAAAAUCAUUUUUUCAUUGUGUGUUGCCAAGAGUCCUAGGACUUAACUUUUUUUUAUAAAAGACUGAUUUACCCGAUCUCUACUGUACUGGCCUACUGAAUGAUCUUCUUUCUGAAUUAGAAAUGUUACGAUCCUCUGGUGCAGAGGACAAACUCAACCAGACCUGCAGUAUCAUUCACAGCUUCAGCAUUCAAUGCAGAAUCUAUAAUGGGUGUUUUAGUUGAUCUACCAACUGCUCCAGUCACAUGUCUUCUAUUAAGCAUGGUUCGAAGGCAGUAUUGGUUCAGACCUGUGUUGUGUAAUGUACAAUAGAGGGGGGGGGAGGGGUUAAGUACUAAUUAUGAUAAAACAAAAUGUGCAUUUUAGCAAAGAAGUUGUAAACUAACCCAAAUCAUGAUUCUAGUGCAAUUCCAGGGGGAGGGGUUGGGUGUAAGAUGCGUUAGGGUGCUUUAUUUUAAGUGUGUACAGUUUGAUAACAUAUCAGUACUAUUGUAUCCAGGACCACCCACGCUUGUAGGUGCCAUGACAACUACCACCACUGUUGUGUGUUUUUUUUUUUUUCUUAACUUGUAAAGCUGUACAUCACUGGAUUUUAGAAGAAUAAAUUAUUGUGAUUUUCA